AUGGUCGUCGCUCCGUGUACACUGACGACAAUGAAAUCAAUUCCUCACGGAGAUAACGGGACUUUUGGACUCGAAAAAGGCAACACAACAGACGAUCACGCAGUAGAAUUUACUGUAACUCUAUUGAAUAAAAAAUUGGGCCACAUGAAUAUCAAAAAUCGGAUAUUUUUCGUCACAGUUAUUCGAGUGGUUUGUCCUUGUCGUGAAGCUAGUCCUGAAUUGAGGCGACUCCAACCACCAAAAAUUUCAGUUCAAGCACAUGCCAAUCCCCAUUUCUAG